AUCACACCUCUCAGACCAGACUACACCAUUGAACUCGAGGUUUACUGCAUGACGGUGGGCACUAGUCGCUGUUGCCAGGCGCAAGCGCUGUCGCCUACCGAUUUGGAGGCCAGACCACCGCUAGAAAUAUGUUCCGGCGGUUCGGCGCCGACUCCGACGUACUCUUCUGAUGGCAAUUUCGCCCAAGUUUAUGCCCCGCCUUUGAACGCCUACGAUUCUGGUACUCCAGCCCUACGGUCCGGCCCCAGGCAAAGUGUGGCGCUGACCCCGGCGGCUCCAGUGUCGUCCACUUGCUCGGGUUCGCCGUCCAGAGGUUGUUCUUCCGUCCGAGCAGGCCGUCGGUCAUCUCUAUCUGAAUAUGCACAUUUGCCAAGUAAUGUGCCCUCGGUUGGAAUCCCUUCGUAUCACAUCACCCAACUGUCCACUUCGCAGUGCAAACAGGCGAUUCGAGGGUUGAUCCCAUCAGAAGAUGACUACCUCCCAGAUGCCUCCCGGCCAGCUGUCUCUUGGCUUAAUUCGAACCUUCUGGUUGCCAAUCUUUCCGGCGUAAGUAGGUUUCAAGACUGUUAA